UAACGUGUUCGGCCAUGCGUGACUUUCACGGAGUAAAUACGUACGGUACGACAACCUGUUUGCUGUUGGAAGGGUUUUUUAUUGUUUUAUUAGUAACUUUCGUAGGUUACCUUGAAUUUUCAAUUAUUUGUGAACCUUAGUACCGUACAACAUGUCUUACAGCGGUAAUCAACCAGCUUACAACCCGAACCAAAGUUACAGAGCUCCCCCACCACAACAGGGCUACGGUGCUCCGCCACCCUACCAGACUCACGGUGCGCCCCCACCUCAACAAGGCUACGGUGCCCCACCACCUCAGCAUGGUUACGGUGCACCGCCACAACAUCAAGGCUAUGGAGCACCUCCACCCUACCAGACUCAUAAUGUCCCUCCACAUCAGCAAGGCUAUGGUGGUGGAGUAGCUGGUAGACCAGGGGACCCUGGCUUGCCGCCCCCAGGGGCAAAUGAAACUUUAUGGUACUGGUUCAAGGCUGUAGAUAAAGACGGUAGCCAUCAAAUUACAGCCACUGAGCUGCAGAAUGCCUUGAUUAACGGCAACUGGUCAAGAUUUAACUCGGAAACAUGUCGUCUUAUGAUCGGCAUGUUUGAUAGAGAUAAAAAUGGAACAAUUGACUUUAAUGAGUUCUCCGCUCUGUGGAAGUAUAUUCAAGAAUGGAAACAGUGCUUUGAUAGAUUUGAUAAGGACCGGUCUGGCAAUAUAGAUGCUCAGGAACUUCAUGAUGCAUUUGUUACAUUUGGUUACAAUUUGUCAAUGAACUUUUGUCACCUGAUCAUGAGGAAGUUUGACCGAACCGAGGUGAACUCGAUCAAAUUUGAUGACUUUAUCCAGUGCUGCGUUAUGUUGCAUUCACUCACAGAAUCAUUCAAGCGGAAAGAUGCAAAUAGAUCCGGCAAUAUUCGAAUUCACUAUGAAGAGUUUUUAGAAAUGGUCCUUGACACAUCAGUAGUGUGAAGAUUAUGUGUUUUUUAAUCGUCCGACAGAUGGUUUGUAAAUCUGUUUAACAUGGGCGUGGCCUCAAGUGUCAUUCAACUCUUUACUAAGCACCGACAUGUUAAAUACAGUGCACACUCCAAAUCAAGACCCCUCUAAUUCCAAGACACCUUCAAAUUUGCAUUGUUGACAUUUACAUUGUUGAUAAGCGACAGAGAGUGGGUGUACAACUGCCAUUCAGCUUGUUGCUAAAGCAUUAAGGACAUUUCCAGAGUUUUAAUCAAUCCAAAGUGUUUGAUCAAUUAAAACAGUGGCAGAAAUAGGCACGUGUCCAACAAGCCUGCGUUUUGUCCCACAAUCACGCAUGCUCACGUAUGCUUUCACACUGUCGUCUUGUGGGACCUUAGCGACAGUAUCCAAGGGGCGGAGCUUAGCAAAACUUGUCAAUUGGGUGGGUCACAACUGUCAUUCACAUUGUUGCUAAGCAACAAAAAUGGCCAUAAACAAAGUAACCAGAAAAUUACUUCCAUUACUGUUUUUGGAUUGGAGCUGUGGCUUGGUGGUUAAGGUGCUUGUCUUCUUAUAUCAGGGUCUUGGGUUCAAAUCCUGUUACACCAGGAUUUUUCUUGAAAUUUAAAAAUACCUCAACUAAGCAAGUAAAAUAUUAGUUAUAGUAGUAAAUUAAUAACUGAGUGAACAUUGAGUAAUUGUAUUUGUCUUUAUUCCAGUCUCCACCAUUUUAUUUGUCUGUAUUCCAGUCCUUACCUUUCUACCGUGAAUUUCAAAAUGUGGUUUGACAGCAUUUACACUGAAAUUGCCUUAUAAACUUUUUCUCUUACAAAACAGUUGAUUUUAAUAUUUUAAUGUGUAUGUAUAUAUUAAGUUUUUUUUUAAAUCAAACACUAUUAUUGCAGUUUAGUAAGGUAUGUAGGCCUGUAGGCUUAUAGAAAUAGUAAUGAUAAUCAUAAUAUACAGUAUGUAUGUAAUUUAAAAGCAAAUAUUUUGAUACAAGAAACAAGGGUAUAAUAUAUAAUCAUGAAACUAUGCUAUUUCAUAUGGUUUUUAUUUAUAUAAAUUGGUAUGUAUUCUGAAAUUAGUACACAUUUUUGCCCAUGUGGUAGGUCUAUAGAACAUAACUAAUAUGAAACAUACUUUAGAGUGGAGCUUGGAAACAAAAUACAUGAUUGGUGCAUUGUUCAUUCAAGAAACACACUUUUUCUAUCAUUUAACAGUAAUUGUAAAUUAUAGAAUUGUUUUAUAUGUAGAUUAUGGAUAAACAUAUUAAUUAUAUAUCAAGGGGUUUUAUAUUAGAAAUUAUGUUUACAUCAUUAAUAUGUAGAAAAAUAGCACAUUAUUAUACAGCAUAAUUGUAUUGUAGGUGCACUAUGGGCAACUUUGUAAAAUCAUGGAGAUUAAAUACAACUUUUUUUCUAGUA